AUGGCGAGAUUCAGAGUGCUGCUUGCGAUCGUCCUGGUGUUGGCGCUUGCAUCUCGAGCCGCUGCGCAGAAAGGAGGGACGAGCACCAACACGACUGGCACGUCGGGCAGCAACAGCCCCACGGGCGAUCCGUGCGUACCAGCGCAAAACAUCACGUGCUCCACUGCGUGCAACUCGGGCAACGCCGGCGUGUACUCGCGCUACUCGCUCCCCAUGUUUCUGCCGAAUGCGACAUGCCCGCCAGAGUACAACAACGCCAUCAGCACGAGCCACCUCUCCUGCUACGACGGCAUGAGCCUGCCCGCGUGCUGCAACAAGUGCAUCAGCCGUCGCACGUGCAGUUACUGGCAAUUUUACCAACCCAAGUACGUGAUGGCCGGCGGGCUGACGCUGGCGUUCACGGGGUACGAGAAGCAGGGCGGCGGAUUCUUCGACGUGGACGCAUACUCGCUGGAGGUGGACGGGCUGAUCAAGGUGGACGGGCUGAUCAAGCUGGACGUGAAGCUGCGGCCCGCGCAUCCGCUGCUGCAGACGGAGGCGGACGCGCAGACGCACAUCAACCUGCACUUCGCGAGCGUGGAGCGCACCCCCGCCAUGCACGGCAUCAUGGGGCAGACGUACCGCGAGGGCCGGCGGAAACGCGCGUUGGAGUACACGUCGCUGUCGGUGCUGCUGCGGCGGUCGUUCGCGGCGGACGGCGUGGAGGGCCGAGGGUAA